UCAGACUAACUCCAGACUGACUGAGACAUCCGCACUGGAUGUGGAAUGGACGAGCGAUGGAUUAAUCCUUGUGUUCUUGCUUUGUGGCCUUUAUUUUGGUGGAAUGUUUGUGGGAGCUGUGUGAGGAGGAAGAGGAGGGUGAGUUUGAGGAACUCAUCACUCUUUCUUUAAAGACUCUUCCUGGGAGAAGAAGAAUGGGGGCAGGAGCACUCACCAUCUGUCACAACAAGGCGGCUGUGCAGAUCCGGGAGGAUAUGAAGAAGAUGGUCCAGCUGCCCAUGCUGAAACCCUGGCCACCCUCCGCUGCUGCCACAGUCACAGGAGGCCAGAAAGUGUUCGGUAUCUCCUUGCUGGAGAUUAGAGAACUGGGCCUGUUGAAAGAUGGAGUGCCCUUGGUGGUCAGGAGCAUGGUGCAGUACUUGAGACGGCACGGGAUGGAGCAGGAAGGCCUGUUCCGUGUGAGUGGCAGUGUUCGUGCCGUGGACAGUCUGAAGCAGAAGCUGGACAGUGGUGAGGAUUUGGACCUUCAGCAGGAGGCUGAGGUCUGCAGUGUGGCCAGCCUGCUGAAACAGUACCUGAGGGAGCUGCCUGAAGGCCUUGUUCACUCCUCCAUCCACUCCACACUCAUUCAGCUCCAUCACGAAUCCAGUGAGGAUGGUUUCUGUAAGGAUGUACGCGAGCUCCUGCUGCGGUUGCCAGACGUUCACUACAGCGUCCUGCGCUACCUGUGCUAUUUCCUUACCCAGGUGGAACAGCAGCAGCACCUUAACCGCAUGACUGCACUCAACCUGGCAACCGUGUUUGGUCCCAAUGUUUUUCAUGUGUCCCCAGGUUUUGAUGGCAUCCAGGAGCAGAACGUCUGUAAUAAGAUCAUGGCCAAGCUCAUUCAGAACUACACUGCUAUAUUUGAGCCAGACAGAGAUGAGGAGCAACCCAAAAGCAAGGCAACAAACAUCAUUGUAGUUAAAGAGGCCCACAUGGAUACGGCAUAUGAAAAGACGUCACCAUGCUCUCCUUUUCCAAAAACACUCACUCCUGUUCCCAGAAAAAACAAGGCCACACAGAGCAGCGAAGGAGAAGACAAAGAUUCGCCAAGAGAAAAAGUGUCGAGCCUCGCAAACCCUGCAGCUAUGCCAAGAAAAAAGAAGGUGAAGAAGGCGAAGGCUAAGGAAAUGCUCAGGUCAGUUCCGCAGCCCUCUCCAUCCUCUGGGCUUCCUCUCUCUAGACAUUUACCCCAGUCUCCAGACUGCGGCUCCAGCCCACGGGCACAGCCAGAACUCCACAGUCAGGACAGGAGAAUCAGUCCUCAGCCCGAGAGCAUGGACCUGACCCCUCCUGACCCUGUCCCUGCCAGAGGCAUGGACACUUUGUGCAGCUCCCAAGAGGAUGAGAGGCCAAUAUCUCCUUUCUAUGUGAGCUCUCAGCUCUCUCCUGGUCAGGGUAGGCCUGACUUAGCACAUUAUCUGGAGAGGACAAUCCGCUCUGCGGUGGAGCAGCAUCUCUUUGAUGUUCAUAUGCAGGCAAGUCAAAGUUCAUCACAGGACUCUGAGUCAGUUGACCAUUCUGCGUCUCCCGUGACGACGGCUCGGCAGAGGAGGCGACAGCAACGAGAGCUAGAGGAGAAUCAUGAAAAAUGCAGGGAUGACAUCGAUAAGGAGAACAUCCCUUCCCGUGGCCUGAGUGGCAGUGUUAACAUCAGCACCAUCGAGGAGGACGAGAGGAGACUGGACAGUACUCAGGAGGGUACGAGGUCCAGGAAGCCCAAACACAGCCCUACCCUCACUGAGCUGUCCCAUAACCAGGACUCACCUACUAUUUACAGAUCACCCAGACCGCACAACAGAAACAUGUCAGACAGCAUGGAGUCCACAGAGAACAGGGAGGAUCAGAAGACAAAUGACUCACCUCAUCUCCAGGCGUCCGCCAUGAAGAUCCAGGAGGCUCUCAGCAGCCCGGAGCCUUCAGAUGGCUGCGAGGACGUCCCACGACUGGACCUGUCCGCUCUAACGGAGGACAGCAACUGGGGAGAACCAGUGCCCGCCUACUCGUCAUGGCAAAGGGAGAGCAUGGACCGUGAGGAGGCCCGUCUCUCACCACACGCUGGGGGCAGACUGAUUCGACAGCUGCUGGAGGCAGAUUCAGAUCCCAUGCUGUCCCCGCGCUUCUACGCCUAUGGCAACUCUCAGCAGUACCUGGAGGACACAGAGGUGCCCCCCUCACCGCCCAACGCACACUCUUUCAUCAGCCGGCGGCGGAGUUCUUCACUGGGCUCGUGCGAUGAUGAACGUGAGGAGCUCACCUCAGCACAGCUCUCAAAAAAGAUCCACAACCUCAAGAAGAAGAUCCGCAAGUACGAGGAGAAGUUUGAGGAAGAUCGGAAAUACAGGCCCUCACACAGUGACAAAGCUGCCAACCCCGAGGUCCUGAGGUGGAUGAAUGAACUGGCCAAACUUCGCAAAGACCUCAAAGAGCACAAAUUGCUGAAGUCAGAGGAGGACCUGAGUCCUUUGCCCCGACAACGCAGCAACACACUGCCCAAGAGCUUUGGUUCACAGCUGGAGAAGAAAACCCCUGAGGUCAAGGCACCAAAGCCCCCGGUGGAGAGCACACUGGAGUCGGUAAUGAGCAAACUGCAAGAGAAACGAGUCGAGGUUGGACGGCCCGAGGACAUCAAGGAUAUGACCCGAGAACAAAUUGCUGCAGAGAAAGUAGCUCUCCAGAAAGCUCUGCUGUAUUAUGAGAACAUCCAUGGGAGACCGAUCACCAAGACUGAGAGACAAAUCAUGAAGCCGCUCUACGACAGAUACCGCCUCGUCAAGCAAAUCCUGUGCAGAGCGUCCACCAUCCCAGUCAUUCAGGGCUCUCCCUCCAGCAAGCGCAGAGGCCCUCAGCUGCAGCCUAUUAUCGAGGGGGUUCCUGCUCUCUUCUUCGACCACAACCAGGAGGAAGAGGAUGGCUCAGAUGAAGAUGACAAUAGGACACAGUUGACAGUCCGUCCAGAGCUGAGCACACUAGGGUUUCUGGACCACUUGGAUGAUGAAGUAGAUGGUUUUAUCUCACCCGUAGAUGAGCUGUCACCCUCGAAGAACAGCACAGACAUGAGGCUGUCCAACUUGCAUGCAGCCACCAUUCAAGAACUGGUGGAACAGCUCCAGGAAGCUCGCGAAGAGAAGAAAAGAAUCCGAAAGAACCUGCGUGAAUUUGAGGACCAGUUCUUCAGGCAAAACGGCAGAAACGUGCAGAAGGAAGAUCGCUCACCCUUGGCGGUGGAAUACAAUGAGUACAAGCACAUCAAAGCCAAGCUCAGACUGCUGGAAGUCCUCAUCAGCAAAAGAGACUCUGCUAAAUUCAUCUAACGGACAGCCUGCAGGGAAGAUUUGCUGGACUAUAGUUGGGAGCACGCUUCCACACAAGCCGCACAAGGACAACCAGACAGUGUUAACAAAAGCAAAUGAGCUUGUACAAAAACCCGCCUGUCAGAUUGGAAAAAUCACAGAUUUAGGUGUUGGGGUUUUUUCCUCUCAGGCCAUCUGUGGUUUACAGGCACAUUUGGCUGAAGAAGAUGCCAAGACAUGGCAGCUUCACCCCCUGCUGGAUCUGUGUAACACCCUUCACACUCACCUUCUCUAUGAAGAUGAUACAAGCUCCAUCCUCUUCCAUCCCAGACACAUGCCAUGCCGCGUCAUUUAGUGCUCAAUUCUCAAACUGACCUAAACUCUACUGCCGCAGACCUGACUGCUCGAAGUCAGGGAACUUACAAUCAAGACAACGAACUGUUCAGCAGCACCCACUGAAUAACAGUAACCCCAGCGGAGUAAAUUCAUAUUUGACACACUUUUAUGAUGUAUUAUAUGAUUUGUAUUUAUUCUGUAGAUCAUUUUUCUGGUUUAACAUUGGUAUGAGGUACACGGCAUUGACAGAGAAGAGGUUUCACUUAAUCAGAGAGGGUUUAGUAACAGAAUUGGGAAUUUGAAUUCAAGUCUUAAUUUUUUAUGUGAUGAUUUACUGCUAUUUAUCAAUGUAACGACUUUGUAUUUUAAAUCAGGAGAGAGAAGUUUAGGAAAUUGUGGAAGGAAAAGGCUCUGUACCUACAUGCAAGCUGCAUGAAAAACAUCAGGAAAAAAAAAAUGUAUCUCCCCCCCCCCCCCCAUUUCUGACUUUUAUGACUGGUGCCAUAUUUCACGCACAGCUCUGUUUGAAAUACUUAUAGUGUCACAGGCGUAGAGACAAUGUUGCUGUAGAUAAUUUUUGUAUUUUCUUGUUAUAGUUUGUUUUUCUCUAAUGAAUAAUUUGCUGAACUGAUUGUAAACAGUGUAGCCAAAGCAGGUUGUUUUUUUUUUCUUUAGCUAGAAUCGGUGUGUACUGAGAGCAGGUGAUUUUCUUCCAUAAGUGGCAAAAGAGACAAUAUCUUAAUCCAAGAUACCAGCUAAAGCUCGCAUUUGUAUUUGCAUGCGUCUCUUAAAUUUUUUUUUUUUUGGCAUUUCAUUUUUGUUAUGCAAAAUAAGCUCCACAGUCUCUAACUGGUUGUAAUUGUAAAGUCACUGUGUGACAGUGACGUGGGCCAAUAUUAUCCUAGCAAAACGGCUGCCAUUUCUUAUUGCAGAGCGAUAGUUUUAUGAAGAGAGCGGGGCCUAUUCCCUGUUUUGUUUGUGGUAAUAUAGAUUCAGGUCUAUAUUCACAGAGUGAGCACAUUAGCCUCUCCUAUUUUUCUCCAAAAUGGAUACUUGCAGUGUGACCUUCGCUUUACUGAACGUGAACACUGAUGGUUUAUAAUGAAUAUGGGUGUGUACAUUUUAGUACAUGAUUUUAUUUGUAUUUUGUAUAUAUGACAAAGUGAAACUUAUUUUUACUGAACUGGCUCGUGUGGUAUGCCUUUCUGUGUGGAUUUUCACUUGGUUUGACAAAGUGAUGUGAAAUACAGUGCAAAUCUUUCCCAAGUA